AUGAGAAAAAACACAGAUAUGAAAAGUGCUGAAAAGGAGGAAAGAGCUUCUGCGUACAAGAGGCUGAGCCUUGCUUUUGAGCAGUCGAACUUUUUCGAAAUUGGCUCAACCAGGCUUCGAGCGGACCUGCAGGAAAACUAUCCGCUGGUGGUUCUCUUCUCCGUUAACCGUGACGCCUUUCACAUGCUUCUCUUCUCUAUGAUCUGGGAUAGCGUGCACUUGGAGGAAGACGACCUUCUGCCCCCGGAGAAGCAAGAGCACAUCAAAAGCCUCUGCAAGGCUGCGCUGUACAAGGAAAUACAGUGCAUUGGGGGACUUUUUCUGGCGCUCUACGACCCUGCCGCUUUUGAUGAGCUGGCUUUUGCGUAUGAGCAGCUGGAGAGUGCGCAAAAUAGGCUGGUUCACUGCAAGAUGAACUUGGCAGAAAAGUAUCAGCCAGACAUAUACUACAGGCAGUACAGCACCGAGUACAACGCCAGCGACGCAAAAUGGGCCUUCAUGGACGCACAGAAAAGGGCUUCUGCAGCGGCCCCUAAAGAAGACGGCAUGCUGCGCCAGAAAAAGAAGGCUCGCCCAGAGCCGUCUCGUGCCGAGAUGGAGGCGGAGAUGGAAGAGCUCCUGCUGAAAGAAAUGCCCCUCCUGCUGGAGAGAAUACACAGUGAGUGCGUGGAAAUAGAAAAACAAUACCAGAAAAUUUUGGGAAUAGAGCAGAGGUGCCGAAUGGCCUACACACUCGAGGCGAAAAAAGGCAGGAAUUUGUCCAAAUUCCCCACGGACAAUCUCAAAGCCCUUUUGGAGCGGAUAGAGUCUGCAGUCGGGCACACCAUGCGCCAGGUCCAUGGGAAAGAGUGGGGGAAGGUGCACAGCAGCAACAUAAAAGCCUUUAACAGCAUGACCGGCCUGGUAUGGUUCCGGGCGUGCAGAAGCUGUCUUUCUGUUCUGGGGCUGCCUGCCACUCCUGAGCCGAAGUUUUCCCUGCUGCCAAGAAAGCCUGCAGGGAACAGCUUUCCCGGGGAUAGCACCCAAGUCAUAGGGCACUACAUGGACGAGUCUUCCUGCACGGCGUACCGUGCACUGGACAGCCUGUUCAUGGACAUCCAGAAAAAGCUGAAGGAGAUGCCGGGGGAGCUGCUUUUUCCGAAAAGCGUGGAGAAACGGGCCUCUUUUCUGCUGAACAGCCAGCCAGUCUACAAAACUCUGGCGCUUGUUAAAGGCGCAUUUUUCCCCGAAAAUGCAGACUUCUUGCAAAGAGAAGUGGAAAACAUAAGCGCUUUUGCGUACUACACUUCAUACUUAAACAUGUCCCAGUCCUCGAUAAACAACCUUCUUCUAUACCCCUUGGUGUCCCCUGUGCGCGCAGGAAAAGACAAAAUGUUUAUUGACAUUCUUUACUACAUUUUCCUGCGGCUCUCUCAGGCCGGGUUUAGAAACCCCGAAACGUUCAGACGCGCCAAAAAGUGCAUUUCCACGGCGAAGAACAGCUUUGUAAACAAGGCGGCGCUGCAAAAGUGCACAAACUGUGCGUACUCUCUGCAGGCUCUUUCGGCACGGCUUGGGCAGGCUACAGACGUUUCUGAUGCGCUGGAGGCUGGCGCUUUCUACGAAAAAAACAGGGACACGUGCACGGUUGUCUUAUUGGGGACGCAGGAAAGCUGCUGCAGUAACUCCACGGGCAGAGAUAGCCCCUCAAAAGACUUGGAUCAUGCGCCGAGCUCUGGUUUGUUCAAAGUUGGUUUAAUAGUGCUUGGGGUAGUAGUCAUUGGGGCCCUUGGGGCUGUGGCAUAUGCAUUGGCUGCUUAG